CCCCAAGUUCGCUGUAAACGGUCAGGGGGCGUAACAAAGCCGAACAAGACUGCUCUUCCUUCGCCAAAGAACAACUCCUACUAUCUUAUCCUUAUUCUCAACAACUGAAAGAUGGAUCGGUACCAGAAGGUAGAAAAGCCAAGAGUAGAAACACCCAUUGAUGCAAAUGAGAUUCGUAUCACCAGCCAAGGCCGCAUGAGAAGCUAUAUUACCUACGCUAUGACCUUGCUUCAGGAAAACACAUCAGAUGAGAUUGUGUUCAAGGCCAUGGGCAGGGCAAUUAACAAGACUGUGACAAUUGUGGAAUUGAUUAAGAGGAGAAUUGUUGGUCUUCACCAAAUUACUUCUAUUACAUCCACAGACAUUACUGAUACAUGGGAACCCCUUGAGGAAGGCCUCCUGCCUCUUGAAACAACCAGGCAUGUCUCAAUGAUUACAAUGACUCUUUCUAAAAAGGAGCUGGAUAAGAAUAAUAUCGGGUACCAACCUCCAAUUCCAGCUGACCAGGUGAAGGUGUCCACAGACAUUGACUAUGAAGGAGAUGGGUCACCCAAUGGUCGAGGAAGAGGUCGUGGUGGUAGAGGAAGGGGAAGGUCUAGAGGUUAUUCAGGAAAUGGCUUUAUGCCUGCGGAGUAUGAUGAUGGAGGGUAUGAUCGGAAUCGGAGCUACGGCAGGGGCAGGGGUCGAGGCAGGGGUCGGAACUUCCGUGGGCGUGGCAGGGGAGGGUACGGUGGUGCUCUGGACACUCAGCAAGAUGCUGGUGGCUACAUCCAAGAAGCACCUGGUCGGAACUUCCGUGGGCGUGGAAGGGGAGGGUACGGUGGUGCUCUGGACACUCAGCAAGAUGCUGGUGGCUACAUCCAAGAAGCUCCAGGUCGGAACUUCCGUGGGCGUGGAAGGGGAGGGUAUGGUGGUGCUCUGGACACUCAGCAAGAUGCUGGUGGCUACAUCCAAGAAGCACCUGUUCAGGGCCGAGGCCGUGGACGUGGCAGGGGACCUCGUGGCAGGGGACGUGGAUUCAGACCUAAUGGACCGCCAAUCCAUGUUGCUGCGUAGAUGGUCAAACUUGGAAGCAACACAGAGAUUAUGUUCUAUGAGUGCCUGCUCCGUUUUCAACGUAUUUCUUUCAUUUGUUCGUAUUAACUUUAGGUUAUUUUGACAAUGUAAUCAGUGUAGACUAGUAUUAGAACUUGUUACCAGUUACCACCCACCUUGUGGUGAGCAUUUUUGUUUUCCUUAAGAUCUUUCAUGUUUUUUCUAGUAGGGUUAGGUGCUUGAUCAAGUGUAAUUUCAGUAGCGAGCAGCACAUUCUUUUAUAAGUUUUUCAGGUAUUCAGUGUUGACUGCAUUCCCAUGUACUGCCAAUAAUACCCUGUUUACUGUAUCUGCUUCUUACA